AUGGCUAAACUAUUAGUUCUUCAUCUCUGUUUCGUUCUCAUUACUUCCUCUUCUCUGUUUCAUGUCGGAACUUCCAUAACUGACAAAUCUCAAGACGGAUCUGAAGAAUGGGGCUACGUUCAAGUCAGACCCAAAGCCCAUAUGUUUUGGUGGCUUUAUAGAAGUCCUUCCAGAGUGGACGUCAGUUCCAAGCCAUGGCCGACCAUUCUCUUGUUGCAAGGCGGACCAGUUUGGGAACUUCUUGGAUAUCGGGCCAUUGAACUCAAACUUGAUGCCAAGAAACUCAACAUGGCUGAAAAAAGCAGACCUCUUGAUAAUCCAGUCGGGACCGGAUGUAGCUAUGUGGAGAGUGGAGGUGAAUUUACGAAAGGCGAUAUGGAGGCGGCGAUCGACAUGAUGACUUUGCCGGCUGAGUCUGAAGGUGGUAAAUUCGCCGUCACUCUGGCUUUGUCCCUUCUUCGGGUCAUCCAAGCUCGCAAUUUGACCCUUAAUCUCGGAG